AUGGUUACAAUUUUAGUAGCCGUUGAGGAAGUUAACUCCGGACUCGUUGGCUUCCACAAAUCCUGGGGAGGUUAUUGGACAAAUAACCGUCCCCAGGGUCCCUAUAUAAAGGAUCGGUCUGAACCCGACAAAGGUUCUUUCGAAGAGUUAAGCAAACUGUUUGUUAACAACUUCAUCGGGGGACAAAGACACAAGCGUUCUUCGUCUAGCUUGCUGACCAUAGAGCAAGGGGAGAACGAAAGUCUGCGGUCAUUCAUCACUCGCAUCAACAGAGAAGCCCUUAGUGUGGACGAGGUGGACGACAAGCUUCUACUGGCAGCCUUCCACAACGGGAUUAAUUCUGAUUUAUUUGUCCACAAGCUAUAUGAGAAGGAGCCUCAAACUAUGGCUGAGCUUGUCCAUUCGGCUCAGAACUUCAUGAAUGCAGAAGAUGCGAUCAUAGCCAAGAAGAGGAAAAGAGCUAAAAGGAUGGAAGCGCAUCCAGCACGCCAUUCAGAACAAGGCCCUCGUCCAAAGAAGGGACGGACGGAAGAUAAGAAGGAACGAGAUAGCAAGAAGACGGGUCCUUUAGGAAGAAGCCAGAACUAUACGCCCCUGAAUGCUCCACUCGAUCAAGUGCUCAUGGACCAUGGGCAUGACACGGAUGAAUAUUAUGACCUGAAGCAGCAGAUUGAGAAUCUUAUUAGACAAGGAAAGCUGAGGCACUUCGUUGGAAGGGAUCAUAGAGAUGAGAAGUUGAAAGGAAAAAUGGAGGAAUCGUCCCAGCCCCCACUAGGAGAGAUAAGGAUUAUCGUUGGAGGAAACUUGAUGGGGCAAUCUUCCAAGUCGAAGAAGACAUAUCUCAAAGUGGUGCAAAACGUCCAGCUCUCUGGACGAUCACCAAGGACGAGAUCAAGGGACGAGCCGGCCAUUUCCUUCACCAACAAAGAUGUAGAGAGGAUCCAUCACCCGCAUGACGAUGCGAUUGUCAUUACUCUGCUUAUUGCGGAUUAUACGACCAGGAGAGUGUUAGUUGACAAUGGAAGCUCAACAAACAUAUUGUACUACCCUGCCUUCCAAUAG